UGAUCUAUAACAAACUACACCAAUUCAAGAUAACCUACAGAGCCAUCCUAACUAACAACGAUGGCAAUCGAGCCCUACAAAUCCAACGAACGCCACCUCAUCAACUGGAUCAUCCACACCUCCAACAGAGUCAUAGCGAACCGUCCCGAGGCAACAGCACCAAGCACAGGCAGAAUCACCCUAUCCGGGCUCAUCUCCCUGUCGCGGCUGAUCGCGCAGCACGUCCGGCGGAUCCCGUCCCGCGUGUUUUGCCUCUUCCGGUCGAUCAUCGCCGCGAGGUCGGCGAUGCAUGCGUAUUUCGAGCGGGUCGCGGACGCGAGCUCGGAUCCUGGCCUUGCGGGGAGUAAUCGCUCGCAUGGGGUGUGGAUUGAGGGGUUGGUGGAGGCUUUUAGGGCGUUGGGUGGGGAGGGGUGGGAGGUGGAGAGGAUGGGGAAGGGGAUGAGAAAGGGGAUGGGGGUGAGGGAGAAUGGCGGGAUGACGUUCUCGAAUAGGUUUGCGGUGUUGAGUCUGGAUAAUGGGGGAGAAAGAUGCUGA